AGCCUUAUUCUGGCAGAGAUUGCUAGUUGUAUUAUUCUUAUGCCCCAAAUAUCCAGUUUUUUCAUUAAUAAAGUGGAAAAAGGAUUGACUCUGUCUCUUAUCUCUACAAUCAUUUCAGUACAAAAUCAGAGUUUUUAUUCACAUUUUAUGUUGUUUUGAUUUUUUUUAGCUUUUUUCUUUUUGGAGAAUUACUCAAUUCCCAAGAACCCUUGGAGUUGUAUUUGAGUUUUGGGUGUUGGGUUUAUGCUAUUCAAUUUCGGAACAGAAGAGAAGAGACGGGAACAGAGAAUAAUAAGUUUUUGAUGAAAUUACUAGAAGGUCCAACUGAUUAGUCAAACGUCUGACGAAGAAGAAGUUUCUGUGAAUCACAGGAUAUGGGAUGCGUUUUUUCGACACCGAAGGAUACCGGAGGAAAUAGAAGGAGGCCAGGAAACAUUGGGGAUGUUUCUGUCUAUGUUCCUGGUUUAAGGAUUCCUAAACCUGUUGAUUUCUCACAAGCACUCGACGAACACUUAUCUAAGAGUUUAGUGGAAAAAUUAUCCGCUUUAAGAACUCGUAUAGUAGUAAUGGCAGGGCAAGAGGGUCCUACAAUUACUAGAACGAGAAGAAAAACCCAACAUGGUGGAUCAACUUUAGCUGAUCUUCAACAGGCUCUGGAAGAUUACUUGCCCGUUCUUCUGGGAUUAGUGAAAGAUGGAAGCCAGCUACAAUACAGGGUACAAUUUCUAUGGAUAAAUCAAGAAGAUGAAGCGGAGGAAACAGCCUUGUCUAAUGCUUGGUACGAGGUGUUGUCAGUUUUACAUUUGAUGGCAACGCUAUCAUUAUCACAGGCCAACUUGUUACUUCUUCCAAGAACAUCUGCUGAUGGUUAUCAGCCAAAAGUGUCGGAAGAGAACAGGCGAGCUUCUGUUGAUAUUUUCUUAAAGGCAGCAGGAUACCUAGAUUGUGCUGUACGACAUGUACUUCCACAUUUCCCUUCUGAACUCAGGAGAAAUCUACCAGUAGACUUGGCAGAAGGAGUUCUUCGAGCACUCUGCUUACAAGCAUUAGGACAGGGUGUUGAUAUUCAACUUGGAAUGGCAAUUGAUAGCACAAAAGCCACUCUUGCUGUGAAGCGAAGGCUUGCAUGUGAGAUGGUCAAGUACUGGCAGCAGGCUCAAGAUAACAUUAUGAACCUUCCGUUAUCAAAUGGUUGGGGAGAAAAGCACCGUCUUUAUGUAAAGUGGAAAUAUGUUGAAGCUAAGGCUGGAGCAUAUUAUUAUCAUGGAUUAAUCCUUGAUGAGGGAAAUACAGAAAAAUCUCAUGGGAUGGCUGUAGCUGCUUUGCAAGCAGCUGAUGAGUAUUUCAAAGAAAGUAAAAAGGCAUGUGAGGCAUUUAACGCAGCUCCCCCUUUGUCUAGAAAUCCACCACUUUGGGGAACCAUGAAGUAUCUGUCUGAGAAAAUUCCAAAAGAUACUUCAAGCAAAGUGCGGAUAAACCGGGACCUCUACUCUUCUGAAAAAAUUAUGGAGACUGCCCCCACAUUGCCAGACUUUGUAUUAGCCUUAAAACCAGAUGAGUACCAACUUCCUCCAGUAGAUGCCUCUUGGAACCAGGAGCAUAUGAACAAUGGUCUCAACCAACUCAAGAAUGAUAAAAGAUGAGCCACAUUUGUUACAUUUGAAAACUACAUAAUUACAAAGACCAAACUUAAGUUUGGAUUGGAUGAUCAUUCAAACCCGAACUGUCGUUCAUCAACUUUGAGUGUCAGAAGUUUUCUCAUCUGUCCUUAUAGCUAUUUCUUUAUAUAAUAUCCAUUUUUUAUAUCUCUUCUGUUCAUGAGAUUUAUGAUGUAUCUAGUAUAGAGCUCUGUAAAAGAUUCAGUUGUGUUUUAAUUGUAAAUUGGCUACUGUUGAUGGGAGAAUAAUGCUCUCUUUGCAAAUCCCCAAUAAGGUUUGUUAAUUUUUAUAGUAUAGAAUUGAACGAGGUUUUGUGCUUGAAA